CCCCGCGCCCGGCGCCGUAUAAAUAGAGGCAGCGAGCGGCAAGGAGCUCCUGGCGGCCACAAUGAAGCGCCUCAACCUGCUCUGCUGCUGCGUGGCCUCGCUCCUGCUCCUCGGCACUGCAGAAGAGGCUGAAGAUGCCAGCAAGCUGACCAAGCGUGACCGGUCCCACUUGGAGAACACCCUCAAGCUGAACGAGGACAAACCUGCCGAUGAUUUCUCAGGAGUGCUGCAGCGGCUGAGGAAGAUCUACCACUCCUCCAUCAAGCCUCUGGAGCAGUCCUACAGAUACAACGAGCUGAGGCAGCAUGAGAUCACAGAUGGGGAGAUCACUUCCAAGCCAAUGGUGCUAUUCCUGGGACCGUGGAGCGUUGGCAAAUCCUCCAUGAUAAACUACCUCCUCGGGCUGGACAACACUCCCUACCAGCUCUACACAGGGGCAGAACCCACCACCUCCGAAUUCACUGUCAUCAUGCAUGGCCCCAAGCUGAAGACCAUCGAGGGCAUCGUGAUGGCUGCUGACAGUGCCCGCUCCUUCUCACCCCUGGAGAAGUUUGGGCAGAACUUCUUGGAGAAGCUGAUAGGGAUUGAGGUGCCCCACAAGCUGCUGGAGCGAGUCACCUUUGUGGACACGCCAGGCAUCAUUGAAAACCGCAAGCAGCAAGAGCGAGGUUACCCAUUCAAUGACGUGUGCCAGUGGUUCAUUGACAGAGCUGAUCUCAUCUUCAUUGUCUUUGACCCUACAAAGCUGGAUGUGGGCUUGGAGCUGGAGAUGCUCUUUCGCCAGCUAAAGGGCCGCGAGUCUCAGAUUCGAAUCAUCCUGAACAAAGCUGACAGCCUGGCUACCCAGGAGCUCAUGAGAGUCUACGGUGCCCUAUUCUGGAGCCUGGCUCCUCUCAUCAACGUCACAGAGCCACCCAGGGUGUACGUGAGCUCCUUCUGGCCCCAGGACUACCAUCCGGAUACCCACAGAGACCUGUUCCUCAAAGAAGAGAUAUCGCUCCUGGAAGAUCUCAACCAAGUGAUUGAGAACAGGAUGGAAAAUAAGAUUGCCUUCAUACGCCAGCACGCCAUCCGGGUGCGCAUCCACGCCCUUUUGGUCGAUCGCUAUCUACAGACCUACAAGGACAAAAUGACCUUCUUUAGUGAUGGAGAACUGGUUUUCAGGGACAUUGUGGAAGAUCCUGACAAGUUCUUUAUCUUUAAAUCCAUUCUGGCAAAGACCAAUGUCAGCAAAUUUGACCUCCCCAACCGCGAGGCUUACAAGGACUUCUUUGGCAUCAACCCCAUCACCAGUUUUAAGCUGCUGUCUCAGCAGUGUUCCUACAUGGGAGGCUGUUUCCUAGAGAAGAUCGAGAAGGCCAUCACUCGUGAGCUUCCCGAUCUCUUGGGAAGCAUUGGCUUGGGAAAGAAGCCCAAUGUUCUGUCCUGCGACAUCACUGGCUGUGGCGAAACUCCAAAGAAUCGCUACAGGAAGCCCUAAGGUGUUUCUGUGAUCUAACCGUCCACGUGUUCCUACCGGUGAAUGAGCUUAUGUCUUAUCUGUCCAAGAAGCCGUGGUUUGUUAACCCUUUGAGUGCCGCACUGGCAAAGGCUACUGUACAAUGAGGACGUUGAGUCAUUGACAUCGAUGGCAGGGGAAGAUGGGUGGGCAUAAGAAAGAGAAUAAAAAC